CACAGCCAGUGCCCACUGCCCUACACACGGUGGUUUCUCGGGGCACCGCCGGGCCCUCUGGGGUAGGAGUGGGGGGCGACGGUCCCGGAGGCAGGCGUUGCAGGAGACCUGGAUGGCAGACCUGUCUUCCCCACACAGGGUUCCCGGCCCCACCACGGAGCCGCGCCUCCUCCUAUCCAUGCACGUGGCAGGGAGACCCCCAUUCGGGGCACAGGGUGCUGGCGGGCUGCACGCCUGGGACUGACCCCCUGGUGCGGAGCAAAGGCAGACAUUCUGACCUUCCUACCACGCGAGCGCCGGGAUGCCGUCAAUCAAGGCACCUGUCCCACCUCCCCGCGGGUGAAAUUGAACACGUGACCCGACACUCCACCAAUCAGAGGUGACGUACCGCUCUCCCUCCCAGGAAUCUGAAUCUAGAGGGAACCCCAGGACGCCGAGGAGAAGCACCGUCGUCCGCCUGCUCUGGGUCCAGGUCUGAAAGAGCCCAAGCCGAAGUAACGGGGAGGGGGCCUCCAGGGCCAGGCGCUGAGGUGGGGGCGCGGCCCGCGCCCAGUUCCUAGACAGUCCCUCUGCACAGGCUACUUCGUGCCAGGGACACAAUCAGGUCACUGUCUCACUAGUCCCUCCACUUCUCAAGGCCAAGGUUUCUCCUGGGUCACAUAAGACCAGGAGAGGAUCUCAGGGGAGCGGAAGCCGACAACCCUCACAAAGAGGCUUUGUAGCAGCCACUGCCAUUCUCACCGGCCUGGGAGACUCAGGCCUCCACUCACAGCAGGGAGGCUGGCCACACCUACCCGUUUCCAUCCCUGGCUCUCUGUGGCGGCUUGAAAACACGUCCACUAAUUCUUCUAGACUCCCCACUUCCUAAUGUGCCUGUCACCGAGUGUGGGGCUACGCUCCAGGGGAAGCUGGGAGCCAUGUGGGGACCAGUCCUGUAGAGAGGUCCCCGCGUUGAGGAACCGAAGCCUCCAGCCGACAGCCACACGAGAGAGUCACCUUGGAAGGGGGUCCCCCUAGCCCCGCGUCAGGCCUUCAGAUGGUGCAGCCCGUGCCCACGGCUUGACCGCAGCCUCGCGAGAGACCCUGAGCCACAGCUAGCCAGCCAAGCUCUUCCCCGAUUCCUGACCCUCAGAAACAGUGAGGUAUUUAAGGUCCGCGAGGAGCCGGCCCAGUUGCUCUUGGGGCCACCCCAGUGGUGGUGCGGACCGCUGGCAGGCAGGCAGACCCCAGGACCUCCCCGCCACACCACCACACCGUCCAUGGAUUUUGUCGCUGGAGCCAUCGGAGGAGUCUGCGGUGUUGCUGUGGGCUACCCCCUGGACACGGUGAAGGUCAAGAUCCAGACAGAGCCCAAGUACAGGGGCAUCUGGCACUGCGUCUGGGACACGUAUCGCCGAGAGCGGGUGUGGGGCUUCUACAGAGGCCUCUCGCUGCCCGUGUGCACCGUGUCCCUGGUCUCGUCCGUGUCUUUCGGCACCUACCGCCAUUGCCUGGCACACAUCUGCCGAUUUCGGUAUGGCAGCACGGACAUCAAGCCCGCCAAGACUGACAUCACGCUCUCGGGAUUUGCCUCCGGCUUGGUCCGCGUGUUCCUGACCUCGCCCACCGAGGUGGCCAAGGUCCGCCUGCAGACGCAGACGCAGCAGUGGCGCCCCUCGGCCUCGUGGCCCUCGGCCGCGCCCCCCGCGUGUCCCGCGCCCCCCGCGAGUUCGGGGCCUGGGCCCAAGUACCGAGGACCUCUGCACUGCCUGGCCACGGUGGCCCGUGAGGAGGGGCUGCGGGGCCUCUACAAGGGCAGCUCGGCCCUGCUCUUCCGGGACGGCCACUCCUUCGCCACCUACUUCCUGUCCUACACCAUCCUCUGCGAGCAGCUCACCCCCACGGGCCGCAGCCAGCCAGAUGUGCUGGGCGUGCUGGUGGCCGGGGGCUGUGCCGGGGUCCUGGCCUGGGCCGUGGCCACACCCAUGGACGUGAUCAAGUCGCGCCUGCAGGCGGACGGCCAGGGCCAGCGGCGCUACCGGGGCCUCCUGCACUGCGUGGUGAGCAGCGUUCGGGAGGAGGGGCCGCGGGUCCUCUUCAAGGGGCUGACGCUCAACUGCUGUCGCGCCUUCCCCGUCAACAUGGUGGUCUUUGUCACCUACGAAGCCGUGCUGGGGCUCACCCGCGGCCUGUCCACCUAGCUAGUCCCCGCGCCCCAGGGCUGGCCCGCCGGCGGCUUGCAGACGUCUGGUAGCUGGAAGUGGUGGAGGAGAGUGUGGGGGUCUGGGCCCCGUUGAGCCACCACCCGGUGGCCGGAGUCAGCCGUGCCUGGGGCUUUGCUCACCCAGCUACGGACCACGAGGAGGUUCAGGGGCCCCUCUGCCAUCAGCCUGGGGCUGGCUUGAGGGUCUCGUGAGCCAGGGAGGAGUGAGCCUCUUGGAGGAGGACAUCUGUCACGCGCGGUCGUUUGAACGUUUGGUCAGUUGGUCGUUCCAGCUUCCCCGGGGCCUCUCCCUGCCGCCCGUGUCUUCGGAGCACCCCUGCACCUCCGUCCACUCACCCAGUGUCCGCUGGCCACCGUCCCCGCCAGGCCCCCGCUCAGCUCUCCUCUGGCGAGCGCCUAUGCACCCGCCCGCUUGCUCCCCUGCGCCGGGCUGCGCAGAGAGGGCACUGCCCGGACGGCCAUGACCAGCUUGGUGCCAGACCCGCUCACACACCCUUGCUCUGCUGGGAGAUCCCCGAGACUCCGCGGGGAGCCGUUGACAAUAAAACGUUUUUGUUUGAAUGUG